AUGAAAGGGAAAAAUAAAGGAGUUCAAAGCAGAGUUCUGGAAAUCAAUAAACGGGCAAUAUACAUUGCUUGUCCUGCACAUGAGCUCAAUUUGGCUCUGUGUGAUAUGUCGAAAUCUGUUCCUCUAGCAAUGACAUUUUUUGGAGUCAUUCAACGACUAUUCACGUUAUUCUCCUCAUCAACUCAGAGAUGGAGUAUUCUCUUAAAAUACUGCACCAAUUUGACUUUGAAACCUCAUUCAACAACAAGAUGGGAGUCUCGGCUGGAAAGUGUAAAACCUAUACGCUACCAGCUAGGGAAUGUUAGCGAUGCCUUGAAUGAACUUGCUAACACCACAAAUGAACCUCUCACAAAUUCGGAAGCGACCUCUCUGAAAAGCCAUAUUAUCUCAUUUGAAUUUGUUCUUAGUUUAAUCAUCUGGUACGACUUGUUGCAUGCGUUCAAUAUUGUUAGCAAAUUAUUACAAUCGGAAGAUAUGAAAUUAGAUGUAGCCCUGAACGAGUUAAAUGGUUUAACUACAUUUUUAGAACAUUAUCGAGAAAGUGGGUUUGCAGCUGCUUUGAAGACCGCAAAAGAUUUGAUUGCAGAAUUGGAUUUGCAAGAGGAACCAAAGUUUGCUGUUACAAGGAAAAGCCGGAAUAAAAACUUAAAUGCAAAUGAGAUCGAAGAUCCACAAGAGCACGCUAAAAAUAUAUUUCGAACAACGUAUUUUCUGGCAGUUGUUGACGUUAAGCUCCAACAAAUGUCUGAGACAGAUUUACAGGCAUCAUGCAACAAACUGGCUGAUGCAUUUCAAGAUGGACUGUCCCAAGAUUUAGAUCGCAAUGGACUUUUUGCUGAGUUAAACAUUUUUAAACACACUGUACCUGAUAAAAUUGAUUCUGCAUUGGCUGCUCUGAAUUAUUUGUAUCCAAUUAGAGAAUCAUACCCAAAUUUAACAAUUGCGUACAGAUUAUUGCUGACCAUUCCUGUUACAGUUGCAUCAGCGGAAAGAAGUUUUUCAAGAUUAAAACUAAUAAUUAACUACCUGAGAUCAACUAUGACCGAACAGCGGCUAAAUGGACUUGCAAUCUUAUCUAUAGAGAGUGAAGUUGCGCAAGAAAUAGACAUUGAGGAGUUAAUUGAUAACUUUGCAGCAAAGAAAGCCAGAAAAGUUAAUUUAUAA